GUUUUUAAUUAAUUAUUUUCCAUUAUUUUAUUUAUUUUUUGAUUUCAAGUACUUGAAAGAAUAUUUGUUUUGGAGUCGUCAAAUUUUGACUCCUUUACUUGGUACAAUUCCUUCGCAAGACAAAUUAUUUUGAGCGCGGGAAAGAGCCCUUUUUAUUUAUCCCUCACCCUCAGCUUCACCUCCGCAAUGCAUAUGAUAUACGCCCAUUUUCUCCGCCAAAUUUAGAAGUGUUCGAGUCAUUAUAGUCACUGAAACCAGUCCGCCAUGGCUGAAGAUCCCCAGAUCGUUGCAGAGGAAGAUGACGAGCAUGAAUCAAAGGAGAUUGUGGUUCGAAAGUAUUUUUUGCAGGAGUGGAUAGUACUGAAAUCCAUUAUUGAUGAUAUCAUUGAGAAUGGGGGAUCAACUGAUCCUGCUUCAAUCAAUAAAGCUCGGUCAAUUAUGGAUAAAUACCAAGAGCAGGGUCAGCUUUUGGAACCUUAUUUGGAGAGAAUAGUGUCUCCAUUAAUGCAUAUAAUCAGGCUCAAAACUCUGGACUUGGGGGCUGCCUCUGAUCAAAACCUAGAAUUAGUCAAGCCCCUAUGCAUCAUUUUAUAUACUCUUGUGAAUGUUUGUGGAUACAAGGCUGUUACCAAAUUCUUUCCACACCAGGUCUCUGAUCUGGAGCUCGCUGUUUCUCUUCUCGAGAAGUGUCAUCAUGACACUGCAGCAACUUCUUUACGACAAGAAAGCACAGGAGAAAUGGAGACAAAAUGUAUAAUACUACUGUGGCUUUCAAUUCUUGUCCUAAUUCCUUUUGAUAUUUCAUCUGUGGAUACAAGUCUUGCUGAAUGUCCCCAUAAUGGAGAUCUUGGACCCUCACCUUUGGUACAGAAAAUGUUUGGCUUCUCUAAGGAUUAUCUCUCAAAUGCUGGACCCAUGCGUAAGAUAGCUGGGUUGCUUCUUUCCAGGCUUCUGACCCGCCCCGACAUGCCUAAGAUUUUCAAUAGUUUCAUUCAAUGGACAGACGAAGUCCUGUCAUCUUUCUCAGAUGAUGUUGCUGAUAUAUUCAUACUCCUUGGUAUUCUGGAAGCAUUAGCAGCUAUUUUCAAGGUUGGUAGUAAGAAGCUUUUACUUGACACUGUUCCCAUUAUUUGGAAAAACAUCUCCAUCCUGGUUAAAUCUUCAAUUGGAGCACGAAGUUCUUUGCUGCGGAAAUUCCUGAUGAAAUUGACACAGCGUUUGGGGCUUGCUUGCUUGCCUCAUCGGGCCAUAUCAAGGCGCUAUGUGGGGAGACACAGUUCUUUGGGGAAAAAUCUCUCCUUGAAUGUGGAUGACGAAAGGGAUUCAUAUGGGUCUGCUCAAGUUAAAAAAGAUGAAUGCAUUGAAGAGGAAGAAAUGGAUGUUCCAGAAGUUGUUGAGGAAAUAAUUGAGCAAUUGCUGACUGGUUUGAGGGAUACGGACACAGUUGUCCGUUGGUCUGCAGCAAAAGGUAUUGGGCGCAUUACAGGACGCCUAACAGCUGCCCUCUCAGAUGAAGUCCUUUCCUCUAUAUUGGAACUUUUUUCUCCAGGAGAGGGUGAUGGUUCAUGGCAUGGAGGCUGCUUGGCAUUGGCUGAACUGGCUCGUAGGGGCUUGCUUUUACCAGUCAGUCUUCCUAGAGUGGUUCCUGUUAUUGUCAAGGCACUACAUUAUGAUGUGAGAAGAGGACCUCAUAGUGUUGGGUCGCAUGUACGAGAUGCGGCUGCCUAUGUAUGUUGGGCUUUUGGCCGUGCAUACUAUCAUGCUGACAUGAAAAGCAUCUUGGAACAACUUGCUCCACACCUUUUGACAGUAGCCUGCUAUGAUCGCGAGGUUAACUGUAGAAGAGCUGCUGCAGCUGCUUUCCAGGAGAAUGUUGGAAGGCAAGGAAGUUUCCCACAUGGAAUUGACAUAGUGAACGCAGCAGAUUACUUUUCUCUGUCAUCCCGUGUCAACUCCUAUCUUCAGGUUGCAGUGUUUAUUGCUCAAUAUACGGAGUAUCUCCAUGUAUUCGUCGAUGAACUAUUGACCUACAAAAUCUGUCAUUGGGAUAAAGGAUUGAGAGAGCUGGCUGCAGCAGCUCUUUCUGCCCUUGUGAAGUAUGAACCUGGGUAUUUCUGUGAUUUUGUUCUUGAUAAAUUGAUCCCUUGCACUCUUUCACUGGAUCUAAAUAUGCGUCAUGGUGCAACUCUUGCUGUUGCUGAAAUUGUGCUGGCCCUACAUCAGUGUGGUGCCAUGCUAUCUAUUGGCACUAGCAAAUUUGCCUGCAUUUCUCCAUGUGCAUGGGGGACUGUAUCAUGUGAUCAGGUGUUAGCAUUUGUUUCACAAUGUGCAUGUUUGUCAAUGUCUUUGCCUCAGGGCACGUUCAUGUAUUUGUGUAUACUAAUGGUUGUUUGUGUGCUUAUGUACGCACUAGCAAAUUUGCCUCAUAUAUUGGGCUUGACAGAAAAACAGAACCGAAUUUCAGGCAUAGUUCCUGCCAUUGAGAAAGCUCGUCUUUAUCGUGGAAAGGGUGGAGAGAUCAUGCGUUCAUGCGUUUCCAGGCUCAUUGAGUGUACCUCUCUGUCAAAUGCAUCUUUACCUGAAAAGACAAAAAGAACCUUGCUCGAAACUCUCAACGAGAACUUGAAGCAUCCAAAUGCACAAAUACAGGGUUCUGCCGCUCAAGCAUUGAAGUAUUUUAUUAAAGCCUACAUUAGCAUGAGUGAUAAACUGGGCCAAGAUCUAAUGUCAAAGUACCUAGCAUUAUUGGAUGAUCCUAAUAUGGCUGCAAGAAGAGGAGCAGCAUUGGCUAUAAGUGUUUUUCCGUAUGAGCUUUUGGUUCGAAAUUGGGCAGUUGUGUUGGAUAAACUUUGCCCCUCUUGUAUGAUUCAGGAAAAUCCAGAUGACCGAGAUGCGGAAGCAUGUGUGAAUGCUGUUCGAGGAUUGGUUUCAGUUUGUGAGACAUUGACAGGCACAGGAAGGUCUCCUGUUCUUGAUGGUAUAGAGGGAGCUAAAUCCCUAGAUAGAUUUAUCAAGAAUCAAGUGUUCGACACUUUAUUUAAGGCUCUUGAUGACUAUUCUGUAGACAACCGAGGUGAUGUAGGUUCUUGGGUGAGGGAGGCUGCGAUGGAGGGCCUGGAAAAAUGCACUUACAUACUUUGUGAGAUGCAAUCUAUGGGUGUUGGGAGUUUAAUAGCAGAUGUGGCUGAGAGUACUCCAGCGCUAUGUGAUAGUUCGUUGGGUUCAAAUAAUGAGGAUCAUCCUCUUUUUGAUGCAAAUAUUGCAACUAUGUUGAUUGGUGGCAUUGUGAAGCAAGCAGUGGAAAAAAUUGAUAAGAUAAGAGAAACAGCUGGAAAGAUUCUCCAAAGGAUCCUCUACAGUAAAGAACCUUUUGUGCCAUGCAUUGUACAUAGGGACAAACUGGAAGCAAUCAUACCAAACAGUGAAAAUUUGAACUGGGGGGCACCUAAUGUUUCAUAUCCACGCAUGGUACACCUACUUCAGUUUCCUUGUUACAGCAAAGCCUUUCUUUCUGGUCUAGUUAUUUCAGUUGGGGGCUUGGCAGAUUCAUUACGAAAGGCAUCACUUGCUGCCUUGCUCGAGUAUCUUGAGGUUUCGGAACUAGAUAAUUGUGAGAGGAAAAUUGAAAAGGAUCACAUGUUGUGCAAUGAUUUACUUUGGGUUCUUCAGCAAUACAGGAAAUGUGACAGGGUGAUCAUACCCACUCUAAAGACUAUUGAAAUUCUCCUCAACAAAAUGAGCUUCCUUCAAGUUGAGGGUUUUCUGGCUGGUGUUUUGGAUUCUUUGGCAGUUGAGUUGAAGGGAACAAAAGACUUUACAAAACUAUACACAGGAAUUUCAAUUCUUGGAUGCAUUGCUUCUCUGGAGGAUUCCAUAAACUCACAUGCAUUCUCUCAACUUGCAUCCUUUCUUGUCCAUCGCUAUCCAAAGAUAAGGAAGGCUUGCGCAGACCAGGUAUACCUCUUACUGCUCCAAAAUGGAUCACAAAUGAUGGAGGAAGACAAGUUAGAUGAGGCCCUUACUAUCAUCCUUGAAACUUGUUGGGAGGGUGGGCUUGAAGAAGCCAAGCUUCAACGGCUAAGAUUCUCCGAGAUCGCCCAUUUACAGGAUCAGACUGUCGAGGUUGAACCCAGGAAGAAAGUGGACAAGGCUGAGAAAAUGGCGAUGCUGGAUGAGAAUGAGUCAUAUUCUUCUUUAGUUGGCUCUACUGGGUUCUAAAUCUGCACAUUGUGCCAGUUGGAAGGAUCGACGGUAUUGAUUUUCCGAUGGUCAGCAGCCUUAAGAUUUGGGUCGUCUGUCUGGUAGGUCUGAUGAAUGAUGGGCCUGUUGUUUCUGAUGGGUAAUGUGGUUUUUGAUCCUAGGCUAUGAAACUCUCCUUUUGUUGUUUGUGUUUGUUUAAUUCUUUUUAUUGACUUUGUAUUAUGGAGUGCGGGUGGAAGAUUGGAUGAACGGAUGGAGGAUGCAGAUAUUUCUCUGUUGUCAUCCCUUCUUGAUUCAGAAACCUGUAAGGUAAGAUGAGAGAGAGAGAGAGAGAGAGAGAGAGAGUUAGUUGCUGCUACCUCAUGAAAACAGAGGCGCUUUGCAUGCAUUUUGUGGCUUACUGCCUGUAUCACGUCUUAAUUUUAUAAGGGAAAUUAAUCAAA